UUCAUUUAUCCAGAAGACAAUCCAGUAAUCAACGAUGCCAUGGUAAGACAAAUGCAAAAACAUCUGACUGAUUGGCGCCACACGAUGAAGAAACACUAGGUAGAUGUUGGAGGAGAGGUGGACAAUGAGAGAGCGAAGUCAAAACCUUUUGUGUCGAUUACUUCUUCUGAUUGGGCAAUUCUGUGUGAUUUUUGGGCUUCUGAUUCUCACCAGUGUAUAUCAAAGAAAAAUAAAGAAGCUUGAGCUAAAAUGACCAUACCAGGAGGACACGGUUCCAAAUCCAUCGUUGCCCAUGUUUAUGAUCACAUGGACCCAUCUACUGGCCAGCUCCCGAGCAUGAUCGACACAUUCGAGCACCUCCACAAGAAGAAGGAUAAGUGGAUUAGUAAUGCAGCGGCGACAAAACAUAAUGAGAUGACCGAGCGUCGAGCAUCGCAGAGUACGGCCCCUGUAUCAUCUGCUGCUUCUUGUGUCGGCGAUAAUGUCGACGGUCAUUUCUCGCCUGAUAUGGAUAUUGUCACGGAUGUCCUUGGACCCCGCUCGCGUUAUAAGAAAGGGUUUGGGGGGUUGCCUAGGUUGAAGGCAAUUGGCGCAAAGAGGGCAGCAUCUUCGUCAACUUCUCAAAUGUCCGUGCAAUUGCCACCUGAAGUGGACACCAUUUUGCAGCAAAAUCAGGACAUUAUGCUAGAAAAUCAUAACCUAAAGAAGCAUACGACUAAACUUGAGAGUCGUCAACGGCGUCAAGAUCUCCUGCUCGGUGCUUUGUUGAAGCAGGUUGGUGAAUUGGCUCCUGGUCUUACUGUUGACUUACCAGACAAGGAUUCGGACGAGGACGAUGAUGCUGACGGGGGCGGGAAUGAUGAGGCGGGCAGUACUCCUUUGUAUAACUUUUUUUCUAUUUAUUUAAAGUUUAAUUUAUGAGACAUUUAUUUUACUAAAUUACUUUUAUAUUU